CUUGGGCCUGUGCUUGCUGCAUUAAGAAGAGAAAGCACCAUGCUAUUGUUAUGUGGACAAGUAGCAAGUAGAAUGUGCCGCACCAUAGCGUGGGCUUGUGCUUGCUACUUUAAAAUAAGGAAAAAGCAAAUACAAGAUUUAUGUGUAUGUGUAGCAGGUAGAAUGUGCCGCACCAAAGCAUGGGCUCGUACUUGCUGCUUUAAGGAAAAAGCGAAUGAAAAUUUAUUGGAUAAAGCAGAAGGAACGGAAAUGGUAGAAGAAAUAGAAGGAGUGAGGAAGAAAGAAGAAAACCGAAGGAGCGAAGAUGCUAAAGAAGUAGAAAAAGUGGAGAAGCAGAAGAAACGAAUAGAACUGAGGAAGCUGAAGAAACGGGCGAAGUCGAGGAAAUGGAAGAAGCCGAAGAAGCGGUGGAAGAAGCAGAAUGAGUAG